CGUCAGGUCUAUUUACUGAUAUAAGGUUCAUCCUAUUUUUUUUUUCAGAAAUCGCGCUGCUGAAACAGAAACAACUUUCGGAGAUACAGCAAAUAAAGAAUGAAAUGUUAAAUGUGGAGAAAGCCUGGGAGUCAAAAUUGAAAGAGACAAAAAGAACGAUGGAGGAGCAGAUAGCUAAAGAGAGAAAGUUGGCGAAAGAGAGAGAAGAGAUCCCACACCUCUGGAAUCUGAAUAUAGACCCUGCUCUUACAGGAAAAAUUGUUUAUUAUAUAAAACCAGGAUGCUUCACCUCAGUAGGUAACAAAAGAGCAGUGAAUCCAUCAACAAUUGAACUGCAUGGACCGAGCAUUGCACAGGAACAUUGUAUGAUACAGAACAAGAAUACCAAGAUAACUAUAAUGCCGUUGAAUGGCCAGAUAAGGGUUAACGGCAUGAUUAUCACGGGACAAACAACGCUGAAACAUCAGGACAGGCAAGUCUGUAAAGCUUUAUUGAGCUUAUCUUAGACUAAAAAAAGACGAGGAAAAACGUCCAACCAGAAAAUCCACAUUCAAAAGAUGCAGUCGCUCAUAGAGCAUUCCAUAUGGAAAUAUGGUUGUGUACGUGUAAACAUAAGUAUACAGGUACACAGAGACUGAACAAAUGUGCACAUUCACAAAUAUGACUGUAUACAAUGAUAAAGACCUAGAAGUAACUUACAAACAUACGUGACGAAGGAAAACAGCAGGGCACCGCUUUGGAACGGCCAGAAGCAGAAACACCACCGGGAAGUUUAAACUGAG